AUGGCGGUGUCGUUCGAGGUUCCGACGAUAGACAUAUCGGCCUUCGACGGCGACGACCCGGUUGCGUCCGCGGCAGUGGUGGACGCGGUGAGGACCGCUUGCGAGAACGUGGGCUUCUUCCUGCUCGCCGACCGCGGUGGCGUGCCCGAGGAUCUCGUGCGAGAUGCGCUCGCCGCGUCGAGGGGAUUCUUCGAGCUUCCGCUGGAUGAGAAGAUGCGGGUGGCGAGCCUGAAGAAGGGAUACAUCCCCGUCGACGGAUGCGACAACGCGGUACGGCCGACGAGCCUUCACGAGAAGUUCUCGUGCUCCCGCGUCGACCUCGCCACCGUGGACAGGUCCGAUCCUUACUACGACCCGAGCGCGUCGCCCCAGGCUGAGCUCUACUUCGGCGAGGAUAAUCGAUGGCCCGGCGCGCCCGACGGAUUCAGGGACGCGUGGGAGCGGUACUACGUCGCGAUGGAGUCCCUCACCCGACGGCUGCUCCGCAUCUUCGCCAGGGCGCUUCGCGCCAAAGGGGGCGACGACUUCUUCGCGGACAAGUGCCGUCGACACGUCAGCAACCUCGUCGCGCUGCGGUACCCGCCCCUCGACCGGUCCAAGGGCGCCGCGAUCGAGGAGCGGGUCAGGGCGCACACGGAUCCAACCGACGUCACGAUCCUGGCGUUCGAGCGGGGACCCGAGGGGCUGCAGGUGCUGCCCGACGGCGCGGACGAUUGGCUCGACGUGCCCGACGCGCCCGCGACGCUGCUGGUGAACCUCGGGGACAUGCUCCGUUUCUGGACCAACGACGCGUGGAGGUCCACGAGGCACAGGGUGAUGGCGCGGCCGCGCGGGGCGCGCGCGGGGGUGCCGUCGGGGGUGCCGUCGGGGGUGCCGUCGGGGGUGCCGUCGGGGGUGGACGACGACGGCGGGGACAGGCUGUCGCUUGUCUUCUUUCACGCGCCCGACUACGACGCGAUGAUUGACUGCGAGGACGUCGGCGGAGCCGUGGUGAGCGCGGAACGGCCGCGGCGAUACCCGGCGUUCAGGUCCGGCGAGCGCAGCCACUUCGCGCAGCUGGUCAGGAACGAGCGGGGUUUACCGGAUAGGCAGACGCUGCGCGAGGAUAACUCCCGAGGGGACUAG